AUGUCUGCCGAUCUCUUCGCUGAGUUCAACAGCCUCUCAAGCAAUCCCACGCCUCCUCCUGCCCAACAGGCCACUCCUUUUCAGCCUCAGCAACAACCACCACCACCACCACAGCAAUCACAACAAACUGGAGCCAAGGAUCCGUUUGACUUCUUUGGCACCACUAGCCAUGCUUCUCCCAUAAGCACACAGCCUUGGCCUUCACUCCAGACCCAGCCUGCUGCGUCAAUCUCGUGGGGAAGUACUCCAGCUCCGUCCAAGCCGGCCGCAGCGGUUGAGGACGAUGAUGACGGAUGGGGGGAUUUCGAGGUAGCUGAGCCUUCACAGCCCUCACCCGCGAACCCUUCUCCUUUCCAGGCCCCAACUCCUACGCCUGUGUCUAUUCCGGCUUGGGGCUCACCAGCUACGGGUCCAGCCAGCUCACCCUCAAUACCAUGGCACAACCCAAGCCCUGGUCCAGCUCCAGCACAGCGAGCGCCUUCUGUCCAGCAACCCCCAACUCGGGUUGUGAGGGCAUCCACGCUGGAUCUCAUGUCCAACAGCCUUGUCGAUAUUGGCACACUUCCUCAUCAAACUUCUGGCACAGCCCAGGCGCAACAACCCGCUCCUCAGUCACAGCUCCGACAACAGUGGCAGCAUGCACCAGCCCAUCAGGAGCCGCAACAGCCACGCAUGAAGGCUAUGCUGAAGUCUUCAGCUUCAAAUGACCCCAGCGUUCUUUUUGAUGCGGAGGACUUUGAACUUCAGGUGGCGGAGGGUGAUGAGGAUGACGACGACGAUGAAUUUGGGGAGUUUGAGACUGUGGCACCCCCUCCUCCACCCGCGCCGGUACCAAAGGUAGUUCCUACAACGGCCCCUACGAAACCAGCAGCAACUCUUCCAUCGAUGGACCUCCUUUCAUUAGAUGAGCCAGAACCGCCGAAGCAGCCAACCAAGAAGCAGCCUCCUAGCCAGCUUCUCGGGGGUCUUGCUUUCGGUGCCACAGCUUCGAACUACCCUCAGGCGCCAAAGUCUCCGUCCUUUCAAGACCGUAACCCUUUUCCUGACUUGGCCAUCAAGACACCGACUCCGACGGAACCCAAGCAGGCGAAAAAGCCCAAGGAGCCAUCGCCAGUCACGGCAUGGCCAUCUAUGGACAGUCCGGUGGGCACCAAGGCAACCAAAGGCAAGGAAGAUGACGAAGGAUGGGGGGCUUGGGAUGACUUUCCGGCUGCCGACAGCCAGAAGGCAGGUACCGACUCCUCAAAACCGGCCGAGAGUUGGGACUGGGAUGCUGUCGACAAUGUCCAGCCAUCUCAGAGUCAUGUUCCAGAUGAUGCUCCUCCACCCAUCAAUGUCCCGCCUCCAUCAGUUAUCCUAUCUGUAUUUCCCGACCUCCUCAACUCUGGUAAUGCUCUAUUCAAACCCAUAUCGGGCCAAACCGCGUCGAUUAAGCAGCGCAUUCUAUCAGACCCAAAGGCUGGGGAGUUUCUACAAGGUUAUAUUCUUCUAGCGAUGACAGCCGCCAGGGUCAUUGCGGGCCGCAAACAGCGAUGGCACCGAGACAAGAUCUUGGCCAAAAGCAUGUCGAUCUCGGCCGCAGGAAGCAAGGGCAUGAAACUUGCAGGAGUGGACAAGACGCAGUCAGCACGCGAAGACCGCGAGGCCGCAGAUGUCGUCGCCGUGUGGCGGCAGCAAGUCGGCCGUUUGCGGUCUGCCGUUGCGGCGGCCAAGGCGGCCGGCAAGGGUUCAACAGCACUCAGGGUCCCUGAGAUUAGCGAGAGCAUGUCGGUGCAAACGGCCAAGAUGGUACCGACGGCCCCCAAGGCGUGCAUCAUCUGCGGUCUCAAGAGAGAAGAACGGGUGGCCAAGGUGGACUUUGAGGUGGAGGACAGCUUCGGGGAGUGGUGGGUGGAUCACUGGGGACACAAGGCAUGCAAGAACUUCUGGAUAGAACAUGAGCAGCAGCUGAGGCAGCGAUGA